AUGGAAGUGCCCCUGGAGCUGUCCAUGGUGCUGAACACUGCAAACCAUUACAAUAGCAACUUCUUGCUGGGCAAUGCCCAGGGUCACCGCGGUUACCCCAUCGUCUACUGCUCGGACGGCUUCUGCGAGCUGACGGGCUUCGUGCGCACCGAGGUGAUGCAGAAGAACUGCAGCUGCCAGUUCCUGUACGGCGCCGGCACCAGCGAGCACGUCACGCAGCAGAUGCAGAAGGCACUGGAGGGCCGAGAGGAGUACCAGACAGAGGUCCAGUUCUACCGCAAGAACGGCAAUGCAUUCUGGUGUCUGCUGGACAUGGUGCCGAUUAAGAACGAGAAAGGCGAGAUGGUUCUGUUCCUCUUCUCCUUCAAAGACAUCAGCGACACGCACGGCAAGGCCCCACACAGGAGGGACGGUAAGAGCCAUGAGAAGAGAAGAAGAAAGAGCUCCCACCUGAGUGCGGCGCGCAAGAGGGGUCGCUCCAUGAUCUACCACUUCACCAGCACCUUCUCACGCGGCGGCAAGAGCGAAGUCAACAUCAGCACGAAUAUGUUCGAGAAGCCCUCUCUGCCGGAGUACAAGGUUGCCACGGUGCAGAAGUCGCGCUUCAUCCUGCUCCAUUACAGCAUCAGCAAGGCAUUGUGGGAUUGGAUGAUCCUGCUGGCCACCUUCUACGUUGCCGUGACGGUGCCGUACAACGUCUGCUUCACGGCGUACCACGAGCUGGAGACCGCCUCCAGGAGCACCAUCGUCAGCGACAUCGCCGUGGAGAUGUUGUUUAUUCUUGACAUCAUCUUGAACUUCCGCACCACCUACGUGAGCCAGUCUGGUCAGGUGGUGUACGACUCGCGCUCCAUCUGUAUCCACUACGCCGCCACCUGGUUCUUCGUCGACCUCGUCGCCGCGCUGCCCUUCGACCUGCUCUACGCCUUCAACAUCACCGUGACGUCCCUGGUCCACCUGUUGAAGACGGUUCGUCUGCUUCGUCUGCUGCGUCUGCUCCAGAAGUUGGAUCGCUACUCCCAGUACAGUGCCAUGGUGCUGACGCUGCUCAUGUCCAUGUUCGCCCUGCUGGCCCACUGGAUGGCCUGCAUCUGGUACGUCAUCGGGCGCAAGGAGAUGGAGAGCCACGACCCACAGAUAUGGGACAUAGGCUGGCUGCAUGAGCUGGGUAAGCGUCUGGAGACCCCUUAUGUGAACAGUACGCUGGGCGGCCCGUCUGUGCGGAGCGCCUACAUCGCCUCGCUCUACUUCACCCUCAGCAGCCUCACCAGCGUGGGCUUCGGGAACGUCUGCGCCAACACCGACGCCGAGAAGAUCUUCUCCAUAUGCACCAUGCUGAUCGGAGCCCUGAUGCAUGCGGUGGUGUUUGGCAACGUGACGGCCAUCAUCCAGCGCAUGUACUCGCGGCGCUCGCAGUACCACACGCGCAUGAAGGACCUGAAGGACUUCAUCCGGGUCCACGGCCUGCCACAGAACCUCAAGCAGCGCAUGCUCGAGUACUUCCAGACGACGUGGAGCGUCAACAACGGCAUCGACGCCAACGAGCUGUUGCACGACUUCCCAGACGAGCUACGUGCCGACAUCGCCAUGCACCUGAACAAGGACAUCCUGCAGCUGCCGGUCUUCAAGGGGGCCAGCAGGGGGUGCCUGCGCUCCCUCUCGCUGCACAUCAAGACCACCUUCUGCGCCCCGGGGGAGUACCUCAUACGCCAGGGCGACGCGCUGCACGCAGACUACUUCGUCUGUUCCGGGUCGCUGGAGGUCCUCAAAGACGGCAUGGUCCUCGCCAUUCUAGGUAAGGGCGACCUGAUUGGCUCGGACCUGCCGUGCCAGGAUCACGUGAUCAAGACGAACGCGGACGUGAAGGCGCUGACCUACUGCGACAUGCAGUACAUUAACGUGCGCGCCCUUCGCGAGGUGCUGGAGCUCUACCCCGAAUACGCCAGCACCUUCACCUCCGACAUCCAUCACAACCUGACCUACAACCUCCGCGAAGGCAGCGAGGCAGAGGUACGUCUGGACGACAGCAAGAUUCCGUCCAUUGUGGAGACGCCGGAAGACGCGCCGGACGACUUCUACCGCCAUUCGCCAUCCUCGCGCAAUUCGCGCAAGAACCUCCUGUUACCCUCGCUGGGAACGCCCGUGCGCCGCACGUCACUUAGCAACCUGCUAGGAGACGAGCUGCGACAGUUUAACGUCAUGCGACGCGCCGGACGUUCCCCCGCCCCCUCGCCUAAGCCGCCGCCCAAACAGGGUCAUGCGCCAUCCCAACCAUGUCAAGGCGAGGUGUCCCAUCACCAUGACAACGGGACAGGAAGUGGGGGCGGGACUGGGAGCUUACGCAAGCCGGCCAAUCUGCUCAUCCCUUCUGUCAACAGCUGCGGACCGCCAGACCUCAGCCCCAGGGUGGUGGAUGGGGUGGAGGACAACGGUCACACUUUUCACUUUAACGUGGAGCAGCACGGAGGCAAAGCCACAAGCGCCAGAAUAGCACACGACUCUGCUCAGGUUAACGCCACUCUCCUACAGGAGACGGAGGAGGUCAGACAAAGUAUCAGUCAGCUGAACAAGAAGAUGGGCACGCUGAACCAGGAAGUAGCCCAGCUGACCAAGGACCUCCACCACAUGCUGCACAUCCUGCAGACCCAGCUGGUGGUCCAGCAUCAGCAUCAGCACCAGCACCAACCGCACCACUACGGGGCCUCCUCCUCCUCCUCCCUGCCCUCCUCCUCCUACCCCUACGGGGUGCACCUCCUGCCAGCUGGGGGAGGCGUCAUGGGGGCUGGUGGGAGUGGGAGUGGGGGCGUCUGCCCCGGGAUGGGGAUGGGGGUGCACCUCCACCACCACGGGGCAGCAGCCGCUCCGGAGCACCACCACCACCACCACGGCUCAUCGUCCGAGCUGCACCUCCACCACCAUGAGCAGCACCCCCCGGUGGCCCCGGUGGGUGUGGCGUCAGUCGGGGUCGGAGUCGGAGUCGGGGGCGUGGUGGGGGGUGUAGUAGGGGUGGCCGUGGCAGACCUGCACCAUCACCAUCACCAGCAGCAUGAACACGAGGGACUCAGGCACCUUGGGCAUCAGCAUCAGCACCCACACCACCUGACCACCUCCUCCCUCCUCACCAUCGCCCCCGGGUACCUGGGCUCCAUCCCAGGACAGAGGCACCACGCUGGGCUUGAGGAGGCAGGCAUCCCCCUGACUGACACAUCCGGUGGUGGUGUUGGUGGUGGUAUUGGUGGUGGCGGUGGCGGUAGUGGUGGUGCUUUAGCCAGUAUAAGCCAAUCGCAGCCCAGUCUGUGCUCUCAGCCACCACACACACACGGCUCCGAACUGUCCAACCUCCUCUCCAGUGCGCCGACCUCCACGCACUCGCUGCUGUCCACACCCGCUGCCACGCACUCCCACUCCCACACACACCACCUCUACGUCUCCGUGGAGCACGCCUUACCCCCCCCUUCCCUCGUCACCAUCCCGUCUCAUGGAGGAGGCCUGAGUCUGGACCAGCUGGAGCUGAACCUGAACCUGGACCUGGACAUGUCCGUGGUUCCUCCUCCACCCCCCGCCGCCGCCACGGCCCCCUCCGACCGCUCCGACAGCCCGGAGAGCACCAGCCUGUUGGACAGUGCCACCAUGAUGGAAGACGGCCUCCUCCGGAGACAGGACUCCAUCUCCUCCCUGGAGGAGUCGGACAGCAGCCCCCUGCGCCUCGAUGGCCACCACCACAGCCGUGCCCUGGGCCUGGACCUGGACCUUCCGUUGCCCCCCCUGGACCUUCCGUUGCCCCUGGGGGACUCUUCGGCGGUGGGCCACACCAGCCUGGAGUGCCUGCUUGGCGGGGAGCACGGGAGCUCCAUGGAGAGCAGCCGCGGGGACAGCGAGCAGUCGGGGUCGGGCUCGCGCCGCUCAAGCGUCGGCCCGCCGUCGUCCUCGCAGACGAGCCAGACGCAGAGCUCCGAGGCCUCCUGGUCUGUGGACCUCAUGGAUUGA